UUCGCCGAAUCCCAAAACUACCAUAUUGCGAGCCCGGCAUAACUGUAUCCAUCAUUCAUGGCGGAGAUUUCUCUACACGAACCACGCCAUUCUUAGCGAUCUGGCUCGUGCGCCUGAUUAUGGCGAUAGCUGGUAAGUAUAUGAGCUUGUAUGUGGAACUUUUAUCUUGGACAUCCUUAGGAACAUACUCUCAUUCUUUACAUUCUCUCGUUUGAUCAUAUCUUCAUCAUGCAGCUCACAUCGCUCCAGACCGUCUUUCUCCUUCUCCCUUCUGUGCUGUGCGCAACUUACUAUGUCGCCCCGACCGGCUCCGACAGUGCCGCUGGAUCCCUUGCCGCACCGUACAAGUCCAUCCAGGUUGCUGUUGACAAGGCCGUAGCUGGUGACAGCAUUCUCCUCCGUGGUGGAACAUACUCCCUUACCAAGAACAUUCAAGUCAAGAAGUCCGGUACCGCUUCCAACCGCAUCACGCUUGCCGCGUACCAGACUGAGGUGCCCGUCAUUGAUGGUGAGGGUCUUACUGGCACACCUGCGCCUGUUGGCGGUAGCAUCGCCGCUGCCGACCGUGGUGUUCUUCACGUCGAGAAGGCAUCCUACUGGACUUUCAGGGGCAUCCACCUGAUCAACGGACCAUACGGCGUGUACGCUGUUGACUCGAACAACAACGUCUUCCAGCAGCUCACCACUCGCCAAAACUACGAGACUGGCUUCCAGCUCCAGGGAAACAGCGCGAACAACCAGAUCCUGUACCUCGACUCAUACGAGAACCGCGACCCGCGCAAGAACGGCGAGUCUGCUGACGGUGUCGGCAUCAAGGAGGGCACUGGUGAGGGCAACCUUCUUAAGGGCGCAAGGCUGUGGAACAACGUCGAUGACGGUCUUGAUAUGUGGGAGUUCAAGAGCAAGGUCACCAUCGUCGAUACUAUCUCGUGGGGCAACGGUGUCAACCGCUGGGGCUUCACCAACUUCCAGGGUGAUGGUAACGGUUUCAAGCUUGGUGGAGGCGAUGCCGCGGACAAGAAGGCAGCCAACCACCAGCUCACCAACUGCAUCGCCUUCAACAACGCCAAGAAGGGAUUCACCGACAACAGCCAGCCCGGCAACUUCAUCAUGCAGCGCAACACUGCUUACAACAACGGUGAUGUUGGUUACAACAGCAAGACUUCUGUCACUACUUUCACAAGCAACAUUGCUGCCAGCAACAUUAAGAGCACCACGAACUCUGCGCAGGUCUCCCUGAACAGCUCCCAGAAGCAGUCUGGCAACUCAUGGCAGGGGUCUACCACCUGGAACAACGCAGCAUUCAAGAGCGUUGACGUCAAGCUCGUGCAGGGCAAGCGUGAUGCCUCAACAGGCAGAAUCGCUGCCAGCAACUUCCUGCUUCCCGCCAGCGGCGCCGCAAUUGGUGCUACCACCGCUUGGUCAUGAGCAGCAUUUACGGCCGGUUUUGAUACGAACUGACGUGUAUCGCCUUCUUUCUUCGUAUAUAUUCAACCUCUUACAUAACAUACCUUACCUUGUAUCUCUAAUCGAAGUUACACAUUAACUUGAC